GAAUGUUCAAUUUCGCAACUCUUCUUGGGGGACACAGACUUCAGACAUCUUAGAGACAUGCCGACUUCUUAUACGUUCCGGUCAGGUUGUAUCAUUGAGGAAGAAAACCUUUUUGUCUGUCCGAGUUGAAGACAGCGUAGAUUAUAACUGAUUUUCACCUGUUCAGCUGAGUGCACGGUUACAAGUUUCAUUCGUAUGCAUUUAUUAUCGAAACACUCUUCACACCGUUCCAUUGGUGCCAUCUUUCUCGCCUUUGCUUUUGUUGGUCACUUUGCCUACAUGACACCGUUAUAUGGCUUAUACAGUAUCCUAAGCCGGAAUGGAAGCACUGAACUAACCUUGUAUUCUGUUUCUCCAAUAAUACUUUGAAUGAUCUUGGACUAGUCACGUAUUCAAUAUCUCCUCAGGAUCUUCUAUUAAACGCUUAAUUUUACUUUGGCUAGAUUUUACCCUACUUGAAUAAACUCUUGAAAGCUGCUUUAAUUUGCGGUUAAGGCUCUCAAAUAUCGGAUAUGGGGCCAUAAAUGCUAUAAAGAUCAGAGUUCCCGCUUAGCACUUCCUUAGGUUCCGGGGUAUCGCACAAAUGCUACAAAAGUUACUCUCGCGUCGAGAUGUCGUGACAGACCAAUAGGAAGUCUGAGUGGGUGGAGAAAUUUAUGGGAAGUGACCGUGGACCCCGCCGUACUUAAGGGCUGCACUCAUGCAAUACGGACCAGUUUCAAGAAUACGUAACACACACAAUAAUUUUUGUAUUUGUCCUCAAAUGACAAUGGACUAUGAUUUGGAAGAAAAACUCCACGACAUCGACGAGUUCAUUGAAUCAGAGCUAGGAUUCCCGCCUCUAAGUGCUAGAGGCACACUUUCACCAGCAGAAAUCAACGACUUGAGCUUCUUUCUUCAAUCCAGUGAUUUUUCAAAUGGAUAUCAUCCUGGGAAUAACCCAGGUAAAAUUAUUUUUGUAAAUUUGACAUAAUUAUAUUUAGCAAAUGGCUUGUCAUCUCCACACUUGGCAUACUAUGCGCUAUCAGAUUAUCAAGUUCUACCAUCGGAGACAUCCUUGUUCACAAGAAACGUAGGAGACAAUUUUCACGUUUUUGUUUCUUUUCUAUUCCUCAGCGUAGCCGAGUGGUCAGCACGUCGGACUCGCAAUCCGGUGGUCCCGAGUUCGGGUCCCGCUCUGGCGACUUGCUGGAUUUGUUCUCGAUCGUCCCGAGUUCAAAUCCUACGGCCACGCUUGUAAAUGGCUAACUGGUUGCCUCCUGCCAGUUAGGAGUUUUAAUCCUGUUAUGUUGUAUUUGAUUUAUGUUUCUAAGUAUCUGAGUGGUGUGCCUGUAAACUAGCUGCAUGAGCUAAGUGCACUCUCCACUAUGAACAAGCCUUUAAACAUUUUUUCCUUUUAUUUAAUUUAUUCAUGUAAUCCUCCAUAUGAUGACAAGUUUUGCAACUAGCACAUUAGCACGGUUUUGAUACUUGCAAGCAAAGACUGUCUUAGGUUGAGUAUCGUCUUGCGAGUUUUUUUCUGCCCUUUAAGGCCUUUAACUCUUCAAAAGAGAAAUAUUCAAACAGAAAUCUCAAGAAAAAUAUCUAACGCAUUGUUUUUUUCUCAAUCCUAAAGGAAAUAUGGAAGCUAGCCUAGCGGCAACUGUAACAAAAGUCCCAGAAGUUGAGGUGGAAGUCCAGAUAAUAGACCUUAAAGAGGUCUAUGACAAAAAGACCAAGAAAACCCUUGAAGGGCUAGAGUAUCGCUUGGAUGAUUCAGAAGUCACCGUUGUGGUGCAAGCAUCAGAAACAAUCACCAGCGUUCGAGCUUUUACUCAGAGGUGUCCUGAGGCUGCAAUGAGAACACAUGACACUAUAGGUAGUUAUCUUUUUUUACACUCAGUUAUAAGAGGUUCUCAAUGGGUUGUAGCUUUGAAGGUUGACGGUUAUAAAAUGUUUUCCAAUAUGUUGACUGCUGACGGUAAAUUGUUAGAGCUUUUGACGGUUGACGGUUAUGAAGUGGAAAUUUAAUCCAAAAGGUUAAAGUAAAUAUUAUCCUCUGUAUAAAUUAAUAUUAACUGUUGUGUUUUGGAAGUUGUCUUGGCCUUUCACUCAUAUUUUUUUGAAAUAUUUUUAGAUAUAAGCAGGUUGAAAGACUACAAAGGGCCGGUGUUUUUGAGAACAUGGGAACUGUUUUAUUCAGUUUAGAAAUUCUUCAGGAGCCGGAAUGCCGUGAAGAUCAGCUGAAAUAGUGAGAUUUGAAAUACUUUGAAGCUUUUUGACGGUUGACGGUUAAUUUUUAGGCUAUUUGACGGCUGAUGGUAAACCCCAUUGAGACCCUCCGUUAACCCUUUAACUUCCAAAAUCUGAUUAGUAAUUCUUCUUUCAGAAUGCAAUACAUUUUAUUGAAUGUUAAAUAAGAGAAUUUAGUGUUAUAUCUGAUCACCACAACAUCUUCUGGCUGAUGAAUUUGCCUAUUCUCACCAUCUAUUUUUUGGCCAAUGUAAAUUGUAUAAUGUUGGAGAGAAGAGAAGAUUGUACGACACUCUGUUCUGGGAGUUACCUAAUGAUCCCCUUACCCAAAAUCUUACCAAUAGAAACUUAUGGUACUCGUGGUUGGAAAAUUUGUACAAUAGACUGCUUUAAAAUGCUUUGUAUUUUGCAACGACUGGGAGAUGCAAAGUAAAACUUAGCCUACCACGUUUGCCUUAGACAAGAGAUAAUAGACCUGAGUUUCCCGUGCUCCUUUUCCUUGUGGACAAUAUAAUGUAUUUUAUACGACUGAAGCGUUACACACUGGGGACAGUUGAGAUUUGUUGCUCAAAAUGUUAAUUUACUGAUACAAAGGCCAUAUUGAUUUUACAUCUUUCUGAAUGACGUAAAAUCGACGGUCCUCGUUUCUUUAUUGAUUGGAAAGAGUUCAAUAAAUAUAAUUCAACGCAUAGCUUGGGGCCAUAUCGAUACUGAGAAAACUGUGAAAACUGCCUUUUAAAAUGCCUUUUAAAAUUAAAAGGAUCUAAUCGUUCUGGCUUAAUAUAAUAUGCUGGAAGAGAUGUCAUAGUCAAGCCUGAAUUGCGUUGCCGAGACAAGAUUCCUUCAUUAGUAAACAAGUCAAUAUUUAUAUACGUGACUCGUUCCAGUGACGAUCUUUUGGUUUUCACAGCACAGUUUCAAGACUGACAGAUGUUGACACUAUCUCGCACUGUUAUUUUUCCAUAUCCUCUGACAACAGAGCUUUUACACAUAUAGGUCCAGUUGAGCUAGACGUGCAUAUCCGACAGAAUUAUGGCGGCACACGUCGAGUUCUUACAGUUGACCUAGGGUCAGUGUACAAAACAGAAGACGGAGAUGCCUUCUACUGGCUUGAAAAAGCAGAAGUUUUGCUGAGAAAUAAAUGGGAGCUGAUAAUCGAAAUGAGUUUCGGCUCAGGCUUGGCAGGAUCGGUAAAGUCAAGACCGUUCCGAGUGACCACCAAGUCACAGUAUAAGAUGAAAAAGAACGGAGGUUUGUAGGAGUCUAUUUGUAUUAACAACAGUAUAAUGAUUGUGAGGGAACUUUAAAAAAAGCGGCCUUUUAAGACCCGUAGAUUACAACACUAACGAGACAUUAGGGAAACCAUAAAAGGAAGAGCUAAUGAGCAAAUCAGUUUCGAGGAGAUUGAAACGAAUUUGUAUCAGGGGCGCUGAACGACGGUUUCCCCCUAAAUACAUUGAAAACACUUUUUAGGCUAUCCAGAGCUCUUUUAGAUCUCUAGAAAUGCCUUCUAAGCAGCGCUAUAGGAUUUGUACCUGUUCGGUCAUCCUAGGGGAACUUGAGUCUUUUCGAAAAUACAAGGGCUUCAGUACUAUUUUCUCGAAAAUUUUUAUUUGAUGCAAUUUAACGUAUGACGAAAAAGAGAAUUUUACUGAUUCCUCUCUCGAUCACAUUAUUGAAUCCGAAAACUUUAGGUUUCCUUUUUUCUGCGAAAAUAUGCCUAACGUGAGGAGUGAAAUGUGAGAAAUUAAACUUAGGAAAAUCGUAGGGAAUUUCUUAAAUAAGCUUCGAAAAUUGUACAUGAACAGAACGGUCAUCUAGAAAUUUUUAGCCGUCCUCAAGUGAUAGAAAAUUCUAGGGAACAUCUGCUUCUCCGAACAGUAUUUUACAGAAAACAGUCGUUGGGUGCCCCUGUUUGUAUUGGGGUCAAUUUAGACUGAAAUUUGUAGAUUAAGUUUGAAGUGCACGUGUUAUUGCCUAAACAGAGCUGGUUAUUAAAAAAAAGCGACAACAACAACAAUAAAAUCGUUUAAAUUAUCAUAGUCAUGCAGAGCCAAGCUGAGCUUUAUAAGCGCUAGUUUGAAUCGAAAAUUGAUGAAAAAAUUUUGACUCGGAAAGCAAUUUUUUAUCUUUGUAUUUUUGAUUUUUAUGAGAACUGUAUCAACAAUCAAUGGACCUUUUUACCGAUACGGCGGCCAAGUAGAUUUAAGGAGUAUUAUGGGAUGCUCAAAGGGCUUUCGCUCAGUAUCUACGAGCGCUUUUCGGGCAAAAAGAGAACUUCACUGUAUAUUUCUCGGGAAAAAGGCGAUCAUUAUUACAUCCAAACACGGCACAACGAUCUUUUUUUUUUUCAAUACAAUGUUUUUCUAGGAAAACUUAAAGAAAAAUUGGCCCGAAAAGCGCGCGUAAAUACCGAGCGAGUAGAUCGGAUCUUGCUCAUGCCCCCUGGGCAUCGCAUAAUACUCAUUAAAUCUAAGUAAUUCAAUAUGGCCGCCGUAUCAGUAAAAAGGUCUAUUGACAGAAACUCGAAACCUUGAAGUUAAUGUGCGCUCUCUUUACAGUACUGCCACACGUGAGCACGUAUUUGUAAUUUCCUCUUACCCCUGCCAGUUUUUCUGUCUAGGUACAUCAAGUGUUUACAAGUAAUGCAUGGUCGCAAUUAUAGUCCUUACUGAUAUAUGGUUCUUUAAGCGUCACCUAUACAGAAAGCAAAUUUUGAUAGAAGUUAUUUGCCGUUGUCUUAUAGAAUUCGUUACUAGCCCCGGUAAAGUGCAAAGAAUACUGAGAACAAUUACAGAGUCAAGUAAAUCCACCCCUGUUCGUGGCGACUGCAAGUUUAUUGCAGACCGUGGAUUUGGAAAAGGUUAGUUAACAAUUUUACGACAACUUAAUUCUUUUUGUACAGUUUUCGUUUCUGUAACUGGAUUGGUUUUUUAACAACUCAUUUCUGCCGAUCAAUUUGACGAAAACUCUUAUUCGGUCAACUGUUGACAGAAAAAUAACUCGAACCAUUACAACCAUCCCAUGAAGUUUAUCGUUGACUAGCUGCCUUGAAGAUUAAUGCAGGAAAUGCUUGUUACAAAGCCAGUGCCGAAACAAGGAGCAACUAAUCAAGUCCUAUUUUCUGUUCAUCAGCUUUUAAGUUCAUUAAUCGGUUUCCGUGGUCUUACCUCGGAGGAAUAACUGCGGGAAAGAUUGUCUAGGUUUGUAGGCUAUUACAAAGAGCAGUAGUUUGCACAACACUUAGAAACACUGUGAUUAAAAUGCGGGGAGUGAUCUGACGGUUCUACCACAUAAACUAAAACUUUUACUAAACAUGCAUGUCGCCAUGUCAAAUGGCAGGUGGAGGACUAUUUUUCUUUUCUGAACGUUAAGAAACUUUCAGAUAUCCAUGAUCGAACGCUAAUGAAAUGUGCGGUGCUCAUAAACAAAAGUUUUCCAAAAUACUUCUUAUUACCUGCGUUCAGUCCUGGGCGCGAGUGGAAAGCUUUCCGUAAAAAAAUGGAAGUUUCAUACCUUAAAAGCCUCAUACCUUUCGCCAACGCCCUGGUUGCCUAGAAACCGUGUGUCUCUGCAUUUGGUGCCAAUGACAGGUAAUUUGUGUUUAUCACCAGAUUUUUCAGACGACACUUCAGUUUUGAGUCAAGAUUUUAAGGCUUUCAGCGUGGUAAAGGAAGAAGAUUACACAGGAGAGCCUGACUGUAACCUAAAUUCAACAUCUCUUCCCUCUGCUGAAGAGAGAAUCCAUCUUCAAUUGAACACUGUUCUAGACCGUCAUAUGGUAAGCCUUUAUGUAGUAAUGUAAAUUGAAGAAAAUAGAACAUUGUUAGGGUACGAAAUUUAGGUUGGAUAUAAGAGUACGAAAUUUGGGUGCAACUUACCUGACUCCCAGGCGCGUUAGCUUAUCAAACAGUUUUGAGUAAUUAUAUAAAAACUCAACUGACUAGUGAAUGAUUUGAUUAUAGAUCACUACAUUUUAUGGUGCAGACCGAAGAAUUCGAUAUGUCAUAGAGCAGCCUGAACUCCCUGCUUUACUGAAGUUAGUUUGUAAAUCAUCCAGAAUGACUGGACCCCGUCCUAAAGCAAACGGACACAAGUCUGCUGACGAGGAUUUCACAUGGUCAUGCGGGUUUUGUUUCUUUGAACGCCGCAAGAAAUCAACUAUAAAGGCGCACUUAAUUCAGAAAGUCUGCCGAAAGACGGUGGAUCAUAAAAAAUCCAAAGCAGAUUCAGUUGCAAAGCGUCUAAUGAAACGCAACCACAGCUGCAGCGAACUCGAGGCAGACAGGUUUUACUUUUCGUGGAAAGAUUCCCUUUCUGUGUGAGAAAGAGGGUGUGUUCUAGAGAUUCCCGAUUCCACGAAUCUUUGGUUUCUGGAACCUUUCCGAUGUUUUCAACUAGUACUC